AUGGCGGAUGAAGAGCAUAUUCGGCACUGCAUGCUUUACAAGUUCCAAUUAGGAAGAAAAGCAAGUGAGGCUGCAAAAAACAUCUGUAGUGCUCUUGGUCAAGAUGCAGUUAGCGCCAGAAAAUGCCAACGUUGGUUUGAGAAAUUUCGCGAGGGAAAUUUUUCGUUAGAUGACAAGAGUGGUCGAGGCCGUGUGUCCAAUUUUGAUCAAGAAGCUCUUCAAGCUCUUUUGGUGCAAAAUCCUCAAAUUACCCAACAAGAGCUUGCAACAACUUUAAAUUGUUCACAAAAAACAAUUUCCAAUCAAUUGCGUGCACUUGGCAAAGUCCAAAAGUUCAGAAAAUGGGUUCCUCAUGAGUUGACCGACAACAAUCGUAAUCAAAGAGUCACAAUUUGCAGUUCGCUCCUCUCUCGUCAAAACCAUUUGCCGUUUUUAGAGCAAAUUGUUACCGGAGAUGAAAAAUGGGUGCUGUAUGUUAAUUUGAAAAGGCGGCCUCAAUGGUUGGACAAAAAUGAGGCUCCGCAGCCCACGCCAAAACCUGACUUGCAUGCGAAAAAAGUGAUGUUGUGUGUUUGGUGGAAUUUUAAAGGAAUUCUUCAUUAUGAACUUUUACCAUCUAACCAAACCAUUACAAGUGCAGUGUAUAGUGCCCAAUUGGAAAGGUUAGCCCAAGCUUUAAGAGAAAAAGAACCUGCGCUGAUUAAUCGGAAGGGCGUAAUUCUUCACCACGAUAACGCACGACCGCAUACUGCAAGAAUCACUGCUGAAAAACUGCGCCAGUUGGAAUGGGAAGUUCUCCCUCAACCUGCAUAUUCUCCUGAUAUUGCCCCUUCCGAUUACCAUUUGUUUCAUUCUUUGCAAAACUUUCUUCUUGGAAAAAAAUUUAAUAAUGAAGAAUGCCUCAAAAAUGCAUUGACCGAAUUUUUUGCAUCAAAAUCACAAGAAUUUUACAACAGAGGGAUUAAAAUGCUUCCUGAGCGUUGGGCACAAGUAGUAGAAAACAACAGCAACUAUAUUGUUGAUUAA